GUUAUGGUAUAGUCGUACGGAGUGGAAAUAUACUGAAAGCAAAAGUUUUUAUUGUUAAAUUAAAUUUUUCUUUUAUAUGAAAUAGAGAUUAAAAUACAUACAUUUGGUUCUUGAUGAAUAAUUCAAAUGAAAAAAAUUAAAAAAAAGUAAAAAACAGACCGGACAAUAAGCAAAAAAAAAAUUAUAUAAAGGAACCUAAGAGGAGAUUGCAAUCUCGGGAAUAAAUUUAAAUUUUUUUUUAUUUUGUAUUUUAAUUUUAAUAACUUUUUUUUUUAAUUUUAUUAUUUCAUAAGGACUGAUUAUAAUAUUAAAGAUGCACAUACAUUUGUACUUGCAUAAAAUUAUAUAAUAUUUUAAAGUGUUAUAUUGUUAUAAAUGUUCAUGUGUACAGAGGUUUAUAAUGUAUAAAAAUACCGGUUCGUUUUGUUUAUUAUAAACCUACAACAAUUAUACAAUGAAUAAAGAGUUUACGGUCGAAAUACGGUAAAUAUUACGGAAUUACAAAAAAAAAGAAGAAGGGUAUGGUCGUUUAAAAAACAAGGCAAAAUAAAUAAGCGAUAGACAGAUUAAGUGAGUCAAAAUUUUUUAUUUCAUACAGCCGUUACGGUUCUAUGAUAGGACCUUUUUUAAUAUCAUUUCAAACAUACCUACCAACUUCAUUUAAGUAAAAUUGUAAAUAUUAUAAAAAAAUAAUGAAUUUAAGGCGAAAAUGUGAUUUUUGCAGAAAUAAAAUUAACAAUAAAAUAAUUAAAAUAUUUUCAAAACAAUAUUUAUUUAAAUAAAAGAAAAAUAAAAAUAAAGUUAAAAAGAAAGAGAAAAAUCAAGAAAAUUUAAUUAAAAGAGGAGUGAAGAGGGAGAUAGAGAGAGAAAAAAAAAAUAAUAAAUAAAAUAAAAGAAUAAAUUGUGAAAUAUUUUAAUAAUUUUGCAGUUUAAAUUUCUAAUUAGAAGAAAGGAAAAAAUAAUGUAACCUUAAGGAUAAAAGGUUAAAUAUUUGCAAAAAAAAAAAUAUUUAAGGAAGUGUUAAUGUAAAAAUUAUCAUAAUUGAGUUGAUAAAAGUGAAAAGGAAAAAAAGAAAUAUAAAUAAAGAAAAUUUAAGCUUUAUAAAUUUUGCUUCAAAAAACAAAAAGAAACAAAAGGAAUACAACCAAAAGUUAAUCUUUUGUAUGUAAGAGAAAAAAAAAGGUAGAAUUUAUAAAAAUUGAAGAAACCAGUAAAAAUAAAAAAAAAAUAUAAAAAUGCCAAAGUUGAUAUAUACGACAAGGAAAUUUAAUUCCAUCUAUAAUAGCACCAACUGCAACAACAAAAACAACGACAGUAACAUUACCAUCGACAAGAAAUGUAAAAGAAUAAUAAAAACAAAAAAUUUAAUUUCAUACUCGUUCUUCAACAUUCUUAUAUUAUUUACAAUUAUUCUAUCAGCAUUUCAUAUUACCACUAGUCAUGGUUUUAAAGCAACAGCAUCAGUUGAUUCAUCAUCAAAUUCAAUAUUUAGUGGUCCUUUUAGUGGGAGUGAUCAAGAUUUUGGUAGUGGUAUAACAAGUAUUAAUGAUGAGAAUAAAGAUCAACCAUUAUUUGUACGACAUAGACAUCAUCAUGAAUUACAGAGGCAACAGCAAAAACAACAAUUACAUCAACAAUUAAAACAACAACAACAACAACAUCAACAGCAAACUUCAUCUGAAAAUAAUCAUCAAUUUUAUUUAUCACAAAAUAAACAACAGAAUAAUGAAAAUUUAACACCUACUAAACAUCAAAAUCAAAAUAAAUAUCAACAAAAAACAGGAAAAAUUCCUGCAUCUGCAAAAGUGUCAUCGAUUUUAGAAAGAAACACUUUUUCACAAAAUUUUAAAGAAAAUCCAAUAACAAAAUCAAAGAAUGAAAGUAUUAAAAUUAAUUACCAAUCUGAAACACAACCAGCAACAUCAAAUAAUCCGGAAUAUGCAAAAUCAACAUCUAAUAAUAAUAAUAAUAAUCAUCAUUUACGUCAUCAUAAUCGACGACAUCAGACAUCAUGGGAGCAUAGAGUAUUUCCAGCUUUAAGACAUCAUCCAACACCACCACCAUAUUUAAAUUUAUCACCUGUUUCAAAUAACGUCAAUACAAAUAGCUCAUAUUCACGUUGGCAUUAUGAUAAUUUAACACCUUCAUACAAUGGAAAACAAUGGAAAACAAACACACAUCAGAAUUUUCAUCAUGAUGCCAAUUUAAAUAAUAAUAACAAUAAUAAUAAUAAUAAUGGACAUCUUUCAAAUCAAAUUGAUCAAAAGAAUAAUGCUUUUAGCAUCGGUUCGGGCAUCAGUGGUACCGAUAUCGGUAAUUUUAUAUCGAACGAUAAUAAUAAUAAUAAUAAAAAAUCUCAUUAUACAAUCGGUAAUAAUAAUAUGAACUCAUAUUCGAAUAAUAAUAAUCAAAAUAAAAAUAAUCAAUACGGUAGCAAUAUUGGUAUAUCGUCAUUACCGUCGUCGUCGGUUCAAAAUUAUACGAAAUCAGUUCCUUCUUAUUACGGUAAUACUAAUAAUAACGAUAAUAAUAAUAAUAACAAGAAUAAUAAUAACAAAAAUCGUGAAGAUCCUGGCGAUAGUAUUGGUGGUACAAAAAUUUAUGAUUUACAAAAUUAUCAUGAUGAUAGUAGCAGUAUUAUAACAACAAAUCAUGAUACACAUAACGAUAAAUCAAAAAAAACUUAUCUUUUAAAAAGAAAACCAAUAAAAUCAUCAUGGUCUUCGUCAUCAUCAUCAUCAAUGUUUCCUUCAAUAAAAUUGGAUAAGGAUUUUGACAGGUCAUCAACAAAAUAUGAUUUAGAUAGAAAUAUUGAAAAUGAUGAACGAUUUAAAAUUGAUGAUUCAAGAGAUUAUCAUACCGAUAAAAGAGGUAAUGUUAUAUUAAAUUUAAAAAAAUCAAAAAGUAUGAAACAUUAUAUAAAACCAAUAAUAGAGAAUAAUAAUGAUGAUCAAAGGAUAAGAAAAAAUUUUAAUUUAAAAAGUUCAACUAUCGAUAAUUACAAUAGUAAGAAGCCAAAUGCGGCUAAUAUGAUUUCAAAUAUUAAAAAUAAUAAAAAUAAUAAUGAUGAUGAUGAAUAUGAAUAUGAUGAUGACGAUGAUGAUGAUAAUGAUGACGAUGAUGAUGAAGAUGAAGGUAACGAUGAUGAUGAUGAUGAUGAUGACGAUAUUAAUGGAGAUGAUGUAGAUGAUGAUAAUGAUGAAAUUAUUAAUAAGGACAGGAAUAAUAGUAAUCGUAAUAAUAAUCAUGAUGAUGAUGAUGAUGAUGACGAUGAUAAGAAUAAUGACAAUGAUGAUAUUAUUGAAAAUAAAUUCAAUCAUAAUCAUUUGAAUAUUAAUAUUCGUCAUAAUAAUAAUAAUAAAAAACAGAGAAAAAUAAUUAAUAAAAUAAAAGAGAAAAUUUUGAAUAACGAAGAGGAUUAUAGUUAUCAAGAUACCGAUAGUUCUAUAAGUAGUAUUGAUCUUAAUAAUGACGGUCCCGGUAACGAUAAUGAUGACAAUGAUGAUGAUGACGAUAAUGAUAGUAUUGAUGAAGAUUCAAAUGAAAGUAAAUUAAAUUGGAUUGGAGAUUCUAAGGGUAAUGGUGGCUAUAGGAAAUUACCAAAAAGGAAGACAUAUCAAUCGGUAAGUAAUAGUUUUUUCUUAUUUUAA